AUGGUAUCGAGUUUACUUGCUCGUUGUAUUAUUGUAACGAUUGGUACACUUUAUCCUGGUUAUCGAUCAUAUAAAUCGCUCAUUAAUUCAGAUUUACGCGAAGUGGUUAAUUGUCUACGAUAUUGGAUUGUAUUUUCUAUAUUUCUUGCAUGUGAAACAGUUACUGACAUUCUUCUAUCAUGGUUUCCAUUUUAUUAUUGGAUUAAAAUAUUCAUUGUACUUUGGAUGAUUUCACCAGCUGGUUCAACACUUUUAUAUAAACGUUUUGUUCAACCAGCAUUAAAAGAACACGAACAAGAUAUUGACCAAUUACUUGAACAAACAAAACAGAAAGGCUAUUCAACUUUAAUUGAAUUAACGAAUAAAGGUGUUCGUUAUGCAUCGAAUCUAUUUUUAAAUACUGCUGUAUUGGGUCAAGCAUAUCUUGGCGAACACCUUAAACGUUCAUUAAGUACAAGUGAUAUAAAUGAUGGUCCAAUAAAAGGAUUUUCUAAUGUACCAGAUACAUUAUAUGAAGAAGAUGAAGUAGAGAUAGAUCCAGAAUUGACUAAACGAUUGAAAGAAGAUCGUAGAUAUUUGUCAAAAGCUACCAUUCCUCCUAAUCGACAAGCACGACCAAAUCAGCGAGAAAAACCUGAUGGUUUAGCUAAUAAUUCAUCAGGCGAAACAGAAGUAGCAAAAGUUACAGUACGUAAACAACCACCACGUUCAGUAAAUCGAAUCAAUUCCACAAUUUCUUCAUCAAAUGAGAUUGCUAACCAUGGAACAGUCUCCAAGCGACAAAUAACAAAAACAACAAUUAAAAAAUCUAUAGUUAAAUCAAUAGCGCCAGUUGAACAUGAUGCAAAUAGUUCAAAUGAAGCAGAUGAUGAAAAUGAAAAAGUCCAAACAAGAACUUAA